UUUUUGACCCCGGUAAUAUUAUUUUCUGGGUCCGCCACUGUAUAUGCGUUGAACUCUUCGAACUCCUCAAAUAUUUCACUUUACGAAAAAAUCUUAAUUAUAUUUCUAAGACACUCAAAAUUUUAGUAAAAUGGAUCCGAAUAUGAUGAUACGAAAAACACUAACAGAAAAUGAUGUUUGUUAUAAGAAUCGUUUGUUUUUGCCGAAAGAUAAAGUUGAGAACAUAACAAGAAGCACCGGAGUUCCAAUUCCUCGAAACGGUAUUCAAGUAGAAAUUAAGGACAAUGACAAUUCAUAUUGGGUAAACCUUGGAGUAGCGACGUUAUCAAGCUAUAUUGGUUACGAGCCUCCGUGA